CUCGGCGUUGAACACCCUUAUGCGAGAGGACCGCGCGGUCCACAAUGGCGGCGCCCGGUGGAACAUUGAACUGUGAGGACUUUUCGAUGUUUCAGGAGGUGCUAAAGCUAAUGCGCACCAUGGAUGAUCGGAUCGUCCACGCCCUGAACACCACUGUGCCCACAGUCUCCUUUUCGGAUAAAGUAGACGCUACGCAAACUUGCAAGCAACUGUAUGAAUCGAUGAUGGAGGCACAUCUCAGCCGGGACAAAGCUAUCAAGUCGUGCAUCACGCACACGUCCGAAGUGGUGGGGCAACUGCGGGAGGCGAGAGCCAAGGAUGGCGCCGACGUGGCUCUUAUCAAGCAGCUCCGGAAAGAGCAGACCAAACUAAAACUCAUGCAGUCCGAGCUGAACGUGGAGGAAGUUGUCAACGAUAGGAGUCUAAAGGUUUUUAAUGAACGGUGCAGAAUUCACUACACGCCUCCCAAGGUGAAGUGAUCCCUUUUUCCAUCCAAAUGACUGAGGCCGAUCCAAAAACUGUGACCAUCUUUGGGACUGCUAUAAAGUCUCCUGGUUUCCCCUUCAGUUCACUCAUUCCUGUUAUUGUGUGUUUUAGACUGUCAUCCUUCCAUCCAAGCGUGUGCCAUGAGUUGAUAACAAACACUGAACAAAAAAAAAAAUCAAAAAACAAUACAGUAUAUUGAAAUGUUUUGAAGGCAAAUCCUAGUAUGCAUGAUGUAUUUCAUUCAAAGUACCACCAGAGGGCAGUCUGCUGACAAAAGGUCUGGCAUGCUUUUUUUCCAACGAGGAUGCCAUGGAACACAAGUGUACUGCAGUUGUCUCGAGGUUUUUCUUCAAUCUGUCAUCAAUAUAUUUUUGUUUUUCUAGCUCUGUUAGUUGAAAACGGUGACAGACAGAACAAUGGAAGAAGAUCGUUGCAAUUCAUACAGAAUAAGUCCAUCUGGUGGUGAUAUUUUUCUAAUGUAAACUGGAAACCGUGACUCAAUAAAGGUUGGGAAACUAUCCUGCACCACAAA